AUGGCCUUGACACUUAAAGGCACGACAAUUUUUCUGGCACUUAAUUUAGUUCUAGGGUUAUGGGCGUCUCAAGCCGAGUGCCGGAAGCCGCCAGAGGAAGCUUCUCUUCGAGAGAGCCAUGAACAGUGGAUGGCUCGCCAUGGACGUACCUACAAGGACAAUGCAGAGAAGGAACAACGUCUUAAGAUAUACAAGGAGAAUUUGGAAUACGUAAAGAAAUUUAACAGCGAAGGAAAUCAAACUUUCAAGCUGAGCCUCAACCGAUUCGCAGACUUGACGAACGAAGAAUUCGAUUAUACUCGUAAUGGAGGGUUAAUGGUGUCCUCACUCUCAAGACCAUCCAGAGUUAACAAUUCAUCCAUAUAUGAUCAAACCCUAUUUAGCAGUGGCGGUGCUCCUUCUAGCAUCGACUGGAGGCAAAAAGGAGCCGUCACUAACGUUAGGGACCAAGGCCAUAGUUGUGGAUCUUGCUGGGCACACGCGACUGUGGCAGCCGUGGAGGGCCUCACCAAGCUCAAAACCGGGAAACUGCCCUUGCUGUCGGAGCAACAACUCGUCGACUGUAUCAUCAACAACCAAAACACUAGAGGCUGCAAAGGAGGUAGCCCUGUCGAUGCUUUUGGAUACAUAGAACAAAAUGGAGGCAUAACCGGCGAAUGGAAUUACCCCUACGUUGGAAAGGACGGAAUUUGUGACCAGAAUAGAGCAUCCCAAUCUGCUGCAAAGAUCAACGGCUAUGCAUUAGUACCCAACAACAAUGAAUAUGCCUUAAUGAACGCCGUAUCCAAACAACCAGUCGCGGCUUUUGUCAGUUCGAGGGGGAAAGAGGUUCAAUUCUACUCAGGCGGAGUCUUCACCGGAAAUUGUGACCCGUCUACCUUGGACCAUGUCGUGGCGAUCGUCGGCUAUGGGACAUCCAAAGAUGGUAAAAAAUACUGGCUAAUUAAGAACUCAUGGAGCUCCCACUGGGGUGAGAAUGGUUACAUGAGACUCGAGAGAAAUUCUGGUAUCCCAGAAGGUCGUUGUGGUAUUGCCGUGGAUGCUUCCUAUCCGACUGCCUAA